AUCGCCUGAACGUCCCCGAUCUUACCUAAGAGAGAACCCCUCCUACGUCUGCGAAGUGCUCCGAACUGAUAUAUGACAAUAUCUACUUUGGAUCACGUGCUCGGGGAGAGAGACUAAGACGGAUAACGCGUCAUCUCGCCUUCCCAAAAUUUCCCCCCUCACUAGACCGGGUCCAAAACCUCCAUCCGGAGCCGGCAGGAGAGGAGAACGAUGUUUAACUCGGUCAACCUGGGCAACUUCUGCUCGCCGUCGCGCAAAGAGAGGGGCGCUGACUUCGGCGAGCGAGGGAGCUGCGCCUCCAACCUCUAUCUACCCAGUUGCACUUACUACGUGCCCGAGUUCUCCACGGUCUCCUCCUUCCUGCCCCAAGCCCCCUCUCGUCAGAUCUCCUAUCCCUACUCGGCCCAAGUGCCCCCGGUCCGGGAGGUCUCCUACGGCUUGGAGCCAUCCGGCAAGUGGCACCAUCGGAACAGCUACUCUUCCUGCUAUGCCGCGGCCGACGAGCUUAUGCACCGGGAGUGCCUUCCUCCUUCCACAGUCACUGAGAUCCUCAUGAAAAACGAAGGUUCCUACGGCAGCCACCACCACCCCAGCGCCCCACAUGCUGCCCCCGCCGGGUUUUACUCUUCAGUCAACAAGAACAGCGUCCUGCCUCAAGCCUUCGACCGUUUCUUCGACAACGCCUACUGCGGUGGCGGCGACGCGCCCGCCGAGCCCCCCUGCUCCGGCAAGGGCGAGGCCAAGGGGGAGCCAGAAGCGCCCCCGGCCUCGGGACUGGCGUCCCGGGCUGAGGCGGGGGCCGAGGCGGAGGCCGAGGAGGAGAACACGAAUCCCAGCUCGUCCGGUUCUGCCCACUCGGCGACCAAGGAGCCGGCCAAGGGAGCCGCCCCCAACGCCCCCCGCACCCGCAAGAAGCGCUGCCCUUAUUCGAAAUUCCAGAUCCGGGAACUGGAGCGAGAGUUUUUCUUCAACGUGUAUAUCAACAAAGAGAAGCGGCUGCAGCUGUCUCGGAUGCUGAACCUGACGGACCGACAAGUGAAAAUUUGGUUUCAGAACAGGAGGAUGAAAGAAAAAAAACUAAGCAGAGACCGGCUGCAGUAUUUUUCGGGAAAUCCGCUGCUGUAACUGCAGACCGGGGGCCCUUUUGGGGGGGGGAGGGAGGGAAAGGGAGAAAUUAUUUUAUUUUAUUUUUAUUUUUUAUUUUCUAACUCGUCUUUUUUCCGCGGGUGGAAAACUGGACUGGCCAGGGCUGGCCCCCACCGCCGUUGC